AUGUCCUGGCUCAAUCGCAUUAAUCCUACACCCGCUUUCCCGGCGCAUACUGGACCGUACAAAGUUGGUUCAGUGGAUAUAGAGGUACCCACAAGCGAAUUGGAGAGUCCAAGCACCGAUUCUGGAAGCGCAGAACUUCCUACUGUCGCGUUCAGGAUCUUCUAUCCGGCGAGGCAAGAAAGCAAUGAAAGGGGCGUCAGAUGGAUACCCAGCCCACAACGAGAAUACAUUAGUGCUUAUGCUAGAUUCUUGGGCGCCAGCAGCGCAUUUGCAGGCGUGUUCUCCCACGGAGUUGUGGUUGUUGCACCUGAACACCGGGAUGGCAGCGCGCCGUUGGCUAUUCACAACGUACCAAAUGGAAAAGAGAAAGUACAGCGCGUGGAAUACGAGAAGAUUGCCCACAAACCGAGCACAGAAGUUUACGAAGCUCGUGACAAGCAAUUGCGUAUACGGCUGGCAGAGCUUGGAUACAUACACGAUGCAUUGAUCAAGAUCGAUGAAGGGCGCAAACUCCAGAAUGUGGCGCUGGAUCAGCCAAAGAAGGCCGACAAAGAUCUGCUCAGCAUGUUUUCUAACACUCUCAAUGUGCAUGAACCAGGAGCGAUCAGUUUUGCUGGUCAUUCGUUCGGCGCAUGCACCAUGAUCCAAUUCGUGAAGUCAGUGUAUUAUCGACCAGCACAGAGCAUACCGGCAUUUAAGCCACUCUUCACACCAGCUGCGGAUUCCAGCAUUGUUCGCCAAGUAACACCCGCAAAUCCUGUCGUACUUCUCGACCUCUGGACGCUGCCAAUCCAGAGCCCAGAUACUGCAUGGCUUCGAUCGCAGCCAAUGCCAUCGUACGAUGCUCCGACUGGUGGCAAGAACCUGCUUGCGAUCCUGAGUGAGGGCUUCUUCAACUGGAAAUCGAACUUCAACGAAGUCAAGCGCAUCCUCGCCAAGCCUAUCAAUGCGAAGUCUAAGCACCCCAAUCAGCCUGGUCCGCACAUCUUCUACCCGAUCUCAUCCGCGCAUCUUUCGCAAAGCGAUUUUGGUGUCCUGUUUCCAUGGGUCACUACCAAGAUCUUCGGCGCGAAAGAACCAGAUCGCGUUCUGAGGCUCAAUACACGCGCUAUCCUGCAGGUCAUGCGAGAAAACGGCAUUCGAGUAGCAAACACCAGCCCACAAGACCUAGAGAUUGACGAAUCUCAAGCAAAGGACAAGAGCCUAGCUCAGGACACCAUGAUUCUGAGUCGAACUAAGGAAAGUGUACGCGACUGGGUAAAUCUGAGUGCGGACAUCGAAGGUGGCUUGGAUCUUUCUGGGCUUGAUCGCGUCGAGGGCAAGAGUCUUGUCGGUACGCCCAUGGAACGAGUAGGAAGCGGCAAAGUUGGUUCGGGACCUGGAGAUGCAAUGCUCGAGGGUGAGGCACUGGGUCAGGUGGUGGACGAUAAGGAGCGAUGA